GACCUGCUGCUGCACGGUGCUGCGGGGCUCCUCUGCCGUCAAGCGGAGGGAAAGGAAGUGCUGGAGUCAUUGGUCCAGGAGGCCAGAGAGGCAGGCAGCAUUGCUGGUCAAGGCCCUGCGAUGGAGUGGUUCGAGGUCGUGUUCAAGAAUGUACUGGUGAAAAAGCGCUGCGACGAAAAGGCCCCUAGUUGGUGCUUGCUGGGCAAGGGCCACAAAGUUAUGGUCCUGCCAAAGCGCGAGACAGAUGCCAAGGGGCAAGAGUGGGUGGAGUUGACGCCCUUUGAGCUCCGAAGGCUCUGCGCAGACUGUCGAGAGAAGAAACUCGAGGAAGCGCGCGGCUUUCUCCUGAUCGACGGCAGCUCGCUGGGUUUGGGAGCCUUGCUGCAGCCGGUGGACUUCGAUGCCGGCCCUGCGCUGCGUGCCGCCGCCUUGCUGCGAGCGGUCGAUGCUGCAUCGGAGCUGAAGGCCCAGGGCGACCGGCUCCUGAAGCGAGGGGAGGCGACGGAGGCGCGCGAGCGCUACGCGGCCGCACGCCUGGGCGGCUCCUGGGACGUGGAUCUCCGCGCCCAGCUGCACCUCAAGACGGCCGAGGCAUUGAGGCUGGAGGGCGAGCUCGAAGAAGCCUUGACAGAAGUCUCCGAAGCGUGCUCCUUCAUGGACAGAGAGAAGUCUGCCCCAGCACUGUUGUUGCGCGGAAUCCUUCGCUUCGACUCGGGGAAGUGGCGUGAGAGUCUGGAGGAUUUCGAGAAGGCACAAGAUCUGGCAACGAGGGCGCAGCAAAUUUCGCAGGAUUUGGCUGCAUGGCUUCGCCGCGCCCGUGAGGCCGUGCAUCGCAAGGACUCACGGAACUUUUAUGCCAUAUUGGGACUGCGCUGCGACUGCGAUUCCUCAGAUGUGAAGAAGCGAUUCCACAAGCUGGCGCUGCAAUGUCAUCCCGACAAGGUUCACUCAACCUCCGAA